AAGAAAGUGCCUCAGAAAUUAGAAAUCAGUACUCAUUGCGCAUGCGUGCAUGUAUAGCGCGCAUUUGCAGUUACAAUCAGCUGUAACCAACCAGAUGUCAGCAAUACUUCCGCAUCUGUUUGUUGUGUUAUUUUGAAUCAAUAAACAUGACUGGAAAUAAUCAACAUUCCAAAGUUUCUCUCUGCCCACAAAGUAAGGGUAACCUUUUAUCAUCCAGAGACAAGGAACUUUAUGAAUUGUGUCAGAUGAGUGGUACACCUUUGGAGCCAGAUCUAUUCAAAAUCUGCAUUGAGCUUCUUAGAAUGGAUGUUUCUCCAUCUUCAUUGUGUGAUGUUCUGCACAGCAUGGCUACUCAAGUUUCAAACCAAAAUUUUGUGACUAAGCGCAAUACUCAAAAUAGAACCCCAGGCUCUGAUAAGAAAAAGCCACCUGUUGCUGCCAAGCCAAAGAAAAUAAGGAUGGAAACUCCAAAUCUGAUAACAUUUCGAAAUUAGGAUUUGCGUAUUAAUGUCUUCCUUCCUAUUUAUAGCCAAUUCACUUACAGUUUUUUUGUAACAAGUUUAUAAAGUGUUGAAUUUUGUUCAAUAGUAUAAUUUAGUUUCAUGUUACUGUUUGACUUUAUCGUUUAUAAAUAAAAUUCAUUAUCUCUA